GCAGGCCGUCCGUAGGCACUGAGAUGCCAAGCCUGUGGAAGAAGAUAGUGUUCUCGUUUGGCUCUAUAAUCUGCAUUACCUCAACCGUGGUCUUGGUAGUAGCGCUGGGAAGUGAAAGCUGGGUGACCGGGACCAUUCUAUGCAAGACUGGAGUGGACCUGGUUAACGCUUCUAGUCCAGAACUGGUGCAGUUUACCGGAGACAUUUAUUUUGGUCUCUUCCAGGGAGGAAAAACUAGGAAGUGUGGCUUAGGAAUCCGGUGGUCGAAAAUCUACAUUUUCCCCAAACUUGUGAAGACACUGAAUGAAGGACUUCAUGCAAUUGUCAUUUUGUUCAUAUUUGUUGCCAUAGGUUUUGCUUUUGUCAGUUUAGCUUUCUGCAUUUACAAUGCCAGGAAAGUGCCAUACCAGUCUAUUAAAGGACCACUUGGGCUGUACCUCUGGAACUUUAUUGCAGGUCUCUUUGGGUCAUUGGCAUCUCUUUGUUUCCUAGCAUCAGUGUGUCAUCACAACCUGACAGAAAGAGUGGCCAACUACAAAGAGAGCUUCUUCCAGUUAGUGGUUUUGGAAGAGGACCUUGGGUUCUCCUUCUGGUUGUGUGUAGCCAGUGCUGCUCUACAUGGCGCCAACAUACUAGUAGUGGCCAUGAGUAAGAUACACCUACCCAAAAUACAAACCAAGAAACCUGAAGAGCCUACAGUCACUGCAGAUGACCUGCUAUACUGAGCAGUGAUAUGGGGAAAGAUGUAUUUGCAGUACAAAAUGUAAAUAAACGCUGACGUGAGUUUUCCAUGUGUAAUAAAAAUGUAUAGCGUAA